AUGGCGAAGCUUUCUCCUGAGUACGCCUUCAGCCUCCUCAAGUCCAUGAACGACGAGGAGAAAUCCCGCUUUUUGAAGCAGCUGGAACAGGACCCACUGCUUCCAUCAGCCACGGAGAGCUCAUCCUCGGCAGAUGCGCCCGCCGCGCACAAUGUGCAGCCCGAUGCAGAUCAUGGGGGAGACGCAGAUCCUACGGGACCCACUUUGGCUGGCACUGCUGGGGGUGACGGCACCGCUGGCAAUGGAGGGAACGGGGUUGCGACCGCGAAGAAACCCGAGGUGAAGGAGCCACCACCAAAGCCUCCUUCGUCUUCCGCUUCGGCUCCCCCGCCGCUGAAGGCAAAAAGCUUGGCCACACCGCCGAAGCCCGCUUCGGCUACUGGCGCUCCCACUUCUACGACGCCACGUGCCCCGCCGGCGGCCAAGGAAAGGCGCGGGCACCACUGGGAAACAGACGCCCGCUUCCUCUUCGGCUACCGCUGCCCCGCAGGGAAACCGGGCGCCACUUCUGGCGAGCGACGCCCCAGCGACCCGCUUAAGGCACACUAUCUACGACAGUGA